AUGCGCUCUGGCUACUCUACAAAUCUGGCAGCAUACAUAGCGGAGAAUGUGGGAACGCUUGUAAAGUUUGCAUUGGAAACUUGCUCUCACAAUCAUCAGAUGACAUCUUCAUGCCUUCCUCAAGGAGAGACUGCCGUCAAGGUGGCCAUUCUCUGCAAUGCCAAACUCAGCGGCAUUCCAAUGUCACGGUUCGCUAGUCCCAGUAUCCGCGGUCUCGAAAUACUCAGAGACUGUCCUAGCUUCUCGUUCUACCUGGAGCAUCCGUCUGGCCGCCGAGUUCUAUUUGAUGUGGGCGUCCGGAAAGAUGUCUCGAAUUUGUCCCCCUCCUUGAAGCAGCGCAUAGUAGAUGGAGGCUGGACUGCAUCCGUCAUAUCUGAAGUGCCCGAGAUCCUGGAAAAUUAUGGGAUAUCCAGGCAAAGCAUUGAAUGUGUUAUCUGGAGUCACUGGCACUGGGAUCAUAUCGGAGAUAUGUCCAAAUUUCCAAACUCGACGUCCCUUGUCACCGGUCCAGGCUUCUCUUCCGCGCUUCUUCCAAGUUUUCCAAGCCGCAUUGACAGUCCCUUACUUGAGACAGACUAUCAGGGCAGGAUCUUGCGAGAAAUCGCAGACUUCGAGACUCGUGUCGGCGAUCUUCCCGCGCAUGAUUUCUUUGGGGAUGGAUCCUUUCAACUCCUUUCUACGCCCGGCCAUGCCGUGGGCCAUCUUGCCGGCCUGGCACGUACCACGACAUCUUCCGGAGGGACUGACGACACGUUUAUCCUUAUGGGGGGUGACUGUUGCCACCAUAUGGCGAUGCUCCGCCCGUCGAUAGCUUAUCCCCUGCCCUGUGAGAUUUCGCUGUCUACCAUUCCGGCGUCAACAAAAGCUACAGAUGGUUUCAAUCGUGUUGAUUACGGUAAAGGUCAUUCGAAGCAACUUUUGGAAAUUUCGGACUAUCCGAAUGGCGAGAGUGCCGCUCUCGAUGUGCAGCAAGCGAAGAGGUCUUUGGAUGAAUUGAGACUGCUAGAGGCUCAGGAAGAGCGUGUCCUAUUUGUCAUUGCACAUGACAAGAGUUUGUUGGAUGUAGUAGAACUGUUUCCAAAUCUCGCCAACGACUGGAAAAGAAAAGACUGGGGGAGGAAGGCAAGGUGGGCGUUUCUAGAUGAAAUCCAAAUGACAUUUUGA